GUCUUCGUUCGCUCAGCUUUGUUUCUUCUUUGGUAUAAUUCCGCUGACCUGUGUACACAUUAGUAAAUGUAUAUGCAAUCUGUCAGCGGUUUGACGUCUAAACCAAAACUCAACUCAGCUUGCUCAGCAAAACAAAGAUGUAACAGAUGAUCAUGGCGGAAUAUUUUCAGGACAGAACCGACUCAAAGCCCAUGAUUACUCCGUUAACUCAGACCUGUCCGCUAUGUGGUAUCAAGAAAAAGCGUUUUACGUGUACUUCAUGCGUCCAGAGUGGAGACUUUCGUCAUUCUAAUGAAAGAUGCCUUGAGAGGUAUGCAGAGAAAUUUAGGAAAUUCGAGAUUUUAAAGAGGUUAAAAAAUGAAUAUGAGAAACGAGCGCUAGAUGUAAUAAGAAAACAAGAAAAUACGGAGAAAUUGAAUUGCGAACUAAUCAGCUGCAGACAGAAGGUUCUACUUUUGAAGCUGGUGGUAAAGGAAGCAACACUUGAUACAGAAUCAGCAAGCCAAACUCUGAAGGAGCUGAGAGAGUGGAAUGACAAAACACAGAUGAGACAAAUGGAACAUUCAGAACAGCUGCGAAGGAAGGCAAAGCAGUUACUACAGUUUCAGGCAGAGAAAAAUGAUCCUCACAGGUUUACAACUGCAACGAAAGAAAUUGGAGAAAAGAAGCUCGAAGAAAUAGCAUUCGAAUCCAUUCCCCUCAGCCGUGGAAGCGUGGAAUUAUUAUCAGGCUUAUUUUUUUUACAAAACAUUACAAGUCUUUCCCUUUUAGAUAUCCAGUGUGACAUUGAGAGCGAAAAUAAUGACGGAAACCGCGAGUCGGAGCUGGCCGAGGCCACCCGUACAUCUUACAUUGAAGGACGUUGGGUGUCUGAGGAGGAGGAUGUGCGAGUGGUGUACUCAAUAAAUGGUGCAUGUUUACCAGGGAAUGGGGACUACUCGUCAUAUUACGAAUGGGUCAAGGCACGCAGGAAUGGCUCCAGAGAACUCGCUUCCGAUGAAGAAAUCUCUCUUAAAACGCCAGCUUUUAGGAUGACCGCUGCUCUUACACACGCCUGUCAAAUGCUGAAACUCAUGGCGUUCUAUUUGGACGUGAUUCUACCAAAAAGAAUAAGCUACAGUGAAUUUUGUCAGCGUGAAUUAAGUAAAAAGGACUUUAAAAGCGCUGUGGAUCGAUUGAACACAAACGUGCUUCACUUGUGUUUCACGCAGGUAAGAGCAAAGCCAAGCAUGAUUUCAGUUGCCAAUAUUUGGGGAGGCCCGUUUGAGUGUCAUCCCGAGUUGAUACCAAUUAGCAGCGAAAAGGACGACUCUGAUUCCAGUGAUCAAAACUACUCAGCUUCGGAAGACGCGAACAGUGAAUCAGAUGCCGAGUGGGAAAACCUGCCCGCCAACUUGGUCCACACGACAGACUCAUCCACUCACCAAGGGACUAUGUCGCAGUCCAAGUCGUCAGAAGGUAGCCAGAAAACGGACGAGCCCGCGACAGCCGCGAGCCUGGUCAGUUCAGCAGCUGCGUCUGUGGCUGCGCUUUGGCCGUGGAAAAAAUGACAUUGGUUUUAUGCUUGUUUUAAUUCUUUGUUUCUUUUAGAAGAUUUGACUCAGGUCUAUAAGUAAUUCAGGGAAAAAUAUGAUUUGUUGGGGUUCUACUAACUGGAAAUUCAGUAGAUUUUGUAUUGGGAAUUGCUUUCUGCUAUACUUUCAACCAAGUUGGUGAAAUAAAUACCCUUUCUUUCUCGAAA